CCCACCCCACCGCACGCUCCACGCCCACCUACCACGCCAGAACGCCCACGGCAUAGUGUGACCCGGGGCCGCCCACGCCGCCCAUGACCCGCUGCUGUGGUGGGCGCACUCUGGCCCCCCGCCCCCGCCGCCCGCGAGGCCCCCUUGAGUGUCGUCGGUAACUAUGCGCUGUGGGUCAGGGACGGGCAGGGGUUAUGGUGUGUCGGCACUGUCCGCGGCCCCCCUGGCACUGUCCACGGUCCCCUUGGCACUGUCCGCGGUCCCCCUGGCGACCUGCCCCCAUCGCCCUCCUCCUGCCUCCUCUCCUGCUCUCCCUCGCCCUCGCCACCACCCACAGGCCUCACACUAACACGCCCACACUAGCCUACACGCCCACGCCGCCCACCGCCAUACACCACACCCAUCAACACACCCACAAUAACCGUCACUUCCCCGCCCUGGUGGCGGCACUGUCCGCACCCCAGCACCGCGAGGGCUUGAGGCAGUGUGCCGUGGUGGCACCUCUGGAUUCUUACAGCCUGGAGAGCCUAACUAACCAGACACUAGAAGACAAGUGCCAGACGUGUAGUCCGGAAAACAAGGAGUGCCAUCAGGGGAGGAAGUGCCCGACACUGCCCGAGGCACUGUGCUCCACUAAAGACGGGGAGAAGCGUGAAGAAAUCAUACGGAAAGUGACGUUGCGGUUCUGCCCGCACAUGGCCCUGCACUCAGUCAUGUGUCAGGAGCAGGUUAAGAGUGUCACUGACGUGAAGUUAGCCGAGUGCUCGACGGUGGCGCGACACCUACAGGACAUGGACAGCAUUGUGGGCCGAGUCCUCCACCAGCACCAGUCUCUCCUCGCCAAAUACAACUGCGAGAGCCACUAUUCCAUCACCCAGACGUGCUCCGGCUGUCAGGAGGCCUACCGUUACUGGGUGUGCUCCCAGCUCUUCCCUUACUACGUGGACGGCGUCCGGGUCAAACCUUGCCGGCGGUUCUGUCAUGACGUGGAGCAGAAGUGCCCUUACUUCCUCCCCAGAGCUAAACCUGUAGCAGGAGAACCUACUUUCCUCUGUCAGGACCCGAAAAUUGGGGAGCUGGAGGAACAGGAAUCGUCAUACGGGUCAGACGCGUGCUGCUACCACACCUGCCCUCCCCACCAGGUGCUGGGAUACGUGAAGGAGGUUCCCGAACACCAACCUCUACCCAGCCUCUGUUCCACCUGCCACACCUCCACUACCACCACCACCACCAUCACCGCCUCCAGCAGCAGCAGCACCUCCAGCAGCGACGCCAGCACCUUCCUGUCGCCUACCCCACGGGACAACCACAAGGCCAAUCACUCACAGUGUCUUUCAGCCAGCGAUGCGGACUCUUGUUCACUUCACCCUGCCCCCAGCCCACUUUCUCCGUUACGUAGUGCCGGCAGCAGCAGCACCACAGUUAUAACCAGAAAACAUUGUUGGACUCGUACAGCGUUAUAUAUAUUGUUGUUAUAUUUAGUGCGAACUCGUGUCUUGCUGCCGCGGGGGUUUACGUAGUGUUUGGCGUCCAGGUCAAUGUGUGUGUGUGUGUGUGUGUGUGUGUGUGUGUGUGUGUGUGUGUGUGUGUGUGUGUGUGUGUGUGUGUGUCCUACUCCUCUCCCGUAUUCACCCCCCCCCCGCACACACACUGUUACCCGCGAGCCAGUGUUCCCCUUUAGUGAGUCACUGGCUUCCUUUUAGCUUCAGUAUUCCCCUCGGUUGCGUUCCACCCCCACUCAUCCAUCAGCGCUCUACCUCCUCCUCCUCCCCCUCCUUUCCCCUCACACUUCCUCCGUCCCUAACCCCUCUCCCUCACCUCUCCCAAGAGCCUGCAGCACUGAGCCGACGCCAAGCCCCUUAAUCAGUGCCUGCAACACCUAUACCAUUGAUGGCCCCCUUCCAACACUCAUCCCAACACUAGCAACCUUAUAAUUGACGAACCCAUUAUUAAUACCCCCCAAAGUAGUGCCCUUUUAUUGAUGGCCGUUCGUUAGAGCCUUUCAUCAUCAAUAACUUCUCCCCUACUUAAUUACCUAUAGUUUUUUCUUAAGUCUGUUUUCUCCAGUUUGAAGAUGUUUUCUACUAAAACAUAUAUAUAUAUACGUUGUUCUCGUUCUUCCUAUACCUCUUGCUUUUUAUAUUUUGUCCUUUAAUUGAUGGUAAGUUAGGCAGCGUCAGUUCCAACGCUAGUUUGUGGUACUGACGCCAGGGGUAAUUCCCUUCAUCCAUCUUAACAUUCUUCUUCCCCUUCUCACCUCCCUGGUUCACGUUUUUUAUUGUGGGAAUCUCCCUUCUUCCGCCUGUAUGAGGUGCCUGGGAGGGCGCACACUGCCCCCCUCUCCCCCAUUCCUAUGCUUCACCCCAUAUCUUUAUCCUCUUUUGUUCCCUAACUCUCCCUCUCUUCCGGCAUCUUCUCUCCCAUCUAUAUAUUAUACCUUUCCUUCCCCCCCCCCUUUACGCCUCUCAUCCAGUUCCUCGCCAUAUAUCACGACCCCUCCUCCGUACUUGACCACCAGGCCCUCCUCGUAGCCUGGCUGGCUACACUACCAUGGUGGACAACGCGUGAUAGUGUGUGUACCUUCAGGAUGGACAGUGAAGCUGAGGCCAUGAGUGCGUCCACGCCCCCAACCCCGUACGUGUGGACAAAAAUUUAAUAAAUAUGUUAACGAGAUUAUCCAUCAUUUUUAGGAACCAUGUGUCACCUUCUUUUGGAGAGAGAGAGAGAGAAAUGAAACAUAUCCUACUCAAGUUUUAAGUAUUUUUCUUGCAAUAUGGCUCGCGCUAAGAUUCUUGAGCCCUUCUCGCCAUGGGCUGCGCCAGGAUUUGAAACCUUUUGUGUCUUAUAAUUAGCAGAAUCAUGAAACUCAAGAGUUGACUCCUUGGUCGGACUGAGGCAGUGAACAGAUGCCAGGCACUAACGCUACACUCAACUCCGCAACACAAAAUCACGGUGCCUGGUAGCUCACCUCUCCGAUUCUUCAACCAAGCUGUUUCUUAGGCGCUGUUGACAAGACCUCCAGAAUUUAGGUGAUCUAGUGCGAGCUUGAAGGACCGACUCUGCAGGCAAGACCAGUGGAGGCAGCAGCAGGAGCGCAUGAAGGACAGACAAUCAGUGUGUGGCGCAGUGGUCCCCAAACACUUAGUCGCUCCUCCAGUUAUCAUUUAGCCUCACUACCAAUAUUUGUUAUACUCCCAGAUAUAUUUUUAGAAUCUUAGCUAUGUUGGAAACCUAUAUUAGAAGAGGAUAAUACUCCACAAGGCUUGCUUAAGGUUUGCUCCAGAGGUUACACCGAACCAAUCUCAUACCGGCCACAAAGGUUCUUAUAGUGAAAGUCACUCCAAUUGUAUGCGCACACUACAUCUUUCACUAGAAAUAGAAUUGUGGCAGUUUAUAUUUAACUAUUUUUCCUAAAAGAUGUACUGUAUAUGCUAUAUAAUAUUUUUGAUAGAUUCUUCCGAGAAGAAGCUAUUGAUAUUGCACGGUUCUCUAAGUCUUUGUUUAAGGAACAAAAAAGUGGGUUUCACACAUGCUGAAAUGACCAUCAUGUGGCGCUUGAGUACUCUUAAGAUGUUAUCCAAGAAUUGUUUUACUUUCAAGUGUGUUUCUUCGAAGUCUGUUUUGAUGUCUUAAUGUGCAUAAGUUUUGGUUUAUACAAAACAAAGACAUUCCUGUGGUAGCUCUUGACGAGUCGGGUUUAGUUGUCACGUUUCUCUCGGGGACAAACGUCACGUUUCCUCUAUUAAGUCGACAUGUUUUUUCAGGUGUUUCCUGCAUAGCGCAGUCAUUGGGUCAUGUGUUUUGGUCUCAUAAAUGUUCCGUCUCUCUCACCUUUCGUCUCCUAUAUCUCACCUUCACAUUACGUAUCGUUAUCACUAAAUUAUAAUCCGUUGUUGUCACUUUUUAUCUUAGUCUAACAUUCCAUUUUAUCGUAUUCAAAACUUCGUAUAUUUUCUAUGGUUUGAAACAAAUUAUUAAAUUCAAUCUUCCACGACGAUGGCCUUUGGGUGGGCACUUUGUAACAGUAUGUAAUUAUAAGGAAAUAAUAUAUGAAUCCAAUACUCAACACGCUAACUCGGUUGGCUGAUUGAGCCUCGCCAUGGUGUCAAAUGACAAGUCGAGCUUCGCUACAUUCACAAAUUUCUUUCGUCAGUUUAUUUAGCUCAAUUCUCAAAACCUGGUUUUUCUGUCAGCUACAUUAAGCCUCGUUGGCCACUUUUGUUAUUGACAUUGAUGCAUCUUUGAGUUAUAUAUGAUUAUAUAAGUUACUUUCAUUGCGAAAAACAAUAUUAUACUUAAAAAUAUAUACACAUAAAAUUACACGCUUGCAUAUCCAUUCUCGUCUGGGGAAAGGUAAUACAGAUGUUCACACUAAUUAUGGGACAGUAAUGGUUCACCACUAACCACACCCAUCAUUAUCAAUCAUUUAUGUCAUCAGAACUAUCAAUAUCAUCGUUAUCAGCAUUACCAUCAGAAUCAAAUAACGUGUAAUGCCAUUUGAUAAUUAUCACCACCAUUUGGUAUUGGAAACGUUUCCCCCCCCUCAGAGACACCCCGCUCAUAUUCCCCUCACACGAGUAAGUGAGGGGGAAUACAGGACCAGGUGGAAGAUCCUGUAUGAUACUAGUUUUUAGAUUAAAUAUGCGUCAGCUUCUGGUCUUCAAAACAUCCUAAUGUUUAGAAAACGCUAAAUUACCGUGUCUGCCCGCCGAUUUGCGUUCGCAAACAUUGUAUAUCAUUCUAAUUGGAUUCUAAAUCAACGCACCUGGAUGAAAGCCAGUGGUGAAGUGGGACGAAAGCCAGGAUUGCGACUAAUGCAUUACGGUUUCCAGUUUCAUUAACCUCUAUGUCGCAGUUUUGUACGACCCGAGGUUAUCGGAGCCUCAUGUUGUCAGACCGUGUUUCUGGUCCGAUGUUUCAGACACUAAGACUGAAAACUUAAUUACUCAGAACUAUCCGGAGUUAGGCUAUAGCAAGUCUCCGAUAUUUCGCCCAACUUAAAAUCGUCACAGGACGAUUUACACGAGCUUUCAAAAUAAACUCAAGACUGGCAGAUACAUUUUAAUGAUGGCACUAGUAGGAUUCUAAGCCAAGGAAAUAAAUAUAAAACAUCAACUGAAUAACUAUGAAAAUACCAAAUCUGAAUUCGAUAAAGAUCAAAGACCAUUUAAGUCAAAAUAUAAAAUUGUUCGAAAUACGGCUAAUAGGAAACUGAAAUUUACAUUAAAAAGCAUUACUUAACUAGAGCUAUUCGUUAGUUUCAUAAAGCUCCCUUUGGUUCCCCAUUUAGAUUACGCAGUUCAGUUUUGGGGACCAUAUUAUAAGCUGUCAUGGACAGUUAGAAAUAGGACAUGACCCCUGGACCUUACGAAUCUCUAAAGAAGAGCGAUUGCAAAAGCCUAAUUUACAAUAUCUAUAAAAAGGCGACGAGUAUGAGGCCGAUAUAACCGAAAUUAUAUGACAAUACUUAAGACUAGUAAUAGCCCUCUUAACACAAAACUGAAUUUCGAACUAUAGACAAAUUAUACACGUUUCACUUAAACCAAUCCUGGGCAAAUAUGGACUUUAUAAAACAGACUGAGGGGUUGCCUGAGCGUUUCAAGUGAAGCUUAGGGACAUUGUACAGUGAUUCCUAGUAUCAGAUUCCCAGUUUUCUCCACUAUCGAGAGUCUAAGCCUCUAAGCAAAACGUAAUCAAUUAUCAAAAGAAGACAUCAAGCCUAGAAGACACUCAGACUCGUCCAAGUUCACAAUAUAUGAACAUUAUGUAUUAUGCCGUUUCUGUCGAGGCCUAAAAUGUUCAGCUGAAUUCCCUAUAAACACACUGACUAAUCGCUUACAUAUUUGUAUUAUAGACUCCCACGUCACUGAAAGUUUAAAUGUAAUUUUAUCUUAAAUGUUGGAAUUCUACUCUGAUGGGACCAGAUAUUUUUAUAUUUGUACAAUGUGUACAUCCUGGAUACUUAGGGUCGUGAACCAUCUUGAUUUGUUGGGUGUGGCGACUCUUUCACCGCACGUCCAUCACCACUUUCACCACCACUAGCAUAUCUCGACUCAUCACACCCAUGCUCACCAUCACCCCCACCACUCCUGUAGUGAUCAUCACCACAUUUCCACCACUGUCUCGCGAGAUGAUCAUUGUGUAAAUCUCCUACGAAUCUUAGUACCUGGAGCUACUAAUGGAUGGUUAUACAAAACGUGUUACUCUUGUAGCCAAAAUUAGUCCAAGUUAUGUACUAUUAAUUUUGAAGACCCGAGAGGGAAAGCAACAAUAAAAUUUUACUUUUCCUAGGCCUAAUAUACGUACUAAAUUAAGCCUAAUAUUGUGCACGUUAGGCCUAGGUUAGGUUUACUGUUAGUGUUUUUAACUUUGUAUUACGCCUUUAGAAUUUUAAUAGUACAACGCUUGAACUUAAUUUGGGUCCAACGGUUGACAUUCUGUACUAUUCGUCCACAAUAGCUCUAGGUACUAAUAUUUAUAGAGGGUGGACUAACUCAUUACUCGCAUGUCGAUUAAUUACACCAUUAACUACUGUUACCCAUAUAUUUACCCUUUCAACUAUUAACUAACAUUUCUAACAUGAUCACAUCGCACCAUUAACUACCAUUACACUCAAAUAAACCAAAUACUCCAUUAACUCUCACUACCCACAACAAGAUCUCCUACAAUAUUAAAACUAACAAACAUCGCAUCCAUAAGACAAUCAAAAAUUUAUCAACAAAAAAGUCUGCGAUGUUAUUUACUCCAGAUGCAGAGGGAGGCUACCAUGUUGCCAUGGUUACCGCCGCGAGUUGCCAUGGUUACCGCCAUGCGUUGCCAUGGUUACCGCCAUGCGUUGCCAUGGUUACCGCCAUGCGUUGCCAUGGUUAUUGUCAUGCGUUGCCAUGGUUACCGCCGCGAGUUGCCAUGGUUACCGUCGCGUUUUGCCAUGGUGUUGCAAACGUGUCUCAUCCGUGCCUACACUAUGAGGAACCAUCCCAAAUGAGAACGAGAGAUUUGUCCAAGUGACAAAUUUACCAUUAUUGCAAGUCGAUUGUUAAAUAAAAAAAACAGUUCAGUUGCUCACCGGAUUUCCUGGUUUAGCGCCGACUUACCAUCUGGUCCGCUGUACAUAAAUCGUUGCAAAGGCCAAGAGGGGAAAAUGCUUUCCAUUUUUGUAUAGAAAAAUAAUCAAAAGCUAGGUUUUUCUCUUCUUGAACGAUGGUCCGUAUGCUGCUCUCCCACCCACGAGGGCCAGAGACCAAGCCGACGACUGUCAUUAGCCAAGACCAAAAAAAAAACUAACAUAGAAAGCAUGUUAAGGAGCCGCGUGCCUCUUGCAAGACGGCAAUAGAUUCUUGCAUGGACACACACAUGAUCAAAACUAUAAAUCAGAGACCGUCCGACACUAGAACACUAUGUGACUGAAGCGUGUAAUAGAGUCGACACUCGUGAGGUUCACUUGGGCGGAUGAUGGUGCCUUUCUCGGCUGCUAGCUUGGAUGAGGGCGGCUCUAACUGUGACCCGUGGAGGAUGGGGGCCAAGUCUACAGGGGAGUGUGGUCCUCCUGUAUGUGGCGACUAGCUGGUUUGGGCGUAGAGGGGUUGCUGGGUGUGGUCACCGCCAGGUAGUGAGGGAGGUCCAGGUCUCACCCACCUGCAAGCUAACCUCGCGCCCUUGGAGCCAGGCUCUUGCGCCUACGUAACACUCGAGUAGCAGUAACCUCUCAUGAAAGGCACUCGAGUGUCCCAUUCAUUAAAUUGGUAUCCCUGAGGCUCUUAAUUCAUUAACGUGAGUGCCUUACCUAACCUGUCUACAUCGGUGGAACCGACGCCUCAAGUCGCGAUCUUGACCAAGAAAACAGUUAUUUGGUAGAUGCGACCUUGCAUGCAUGUGCUGCGGACUGCCUGCAGAUGCUUGUGACCUUAGCUCCGCUGACCUUUGUGAAAUAUAUAGCAUCUACAGGCACCACAGGUCACUUGCUAAGCAGCGGCGGCCGUCCAGCACACGCACACACAGAGACACAGCUGCCGGUGCGUGGGCUUGUACACAGCUUUUUACGUAAUUUAAACAGCCGCUAUGUCUCUGUGAUCUAUCUGGGUGGGCUGCAAACAGCCUCUUUGGACUGCAUGUUUCUACUGCAGACAGUCGGUAUAAAACUAAGGAUUUGAUCGGAAAGGGCUGCAAAACGGUCGAUGCGUAGUCGUGGACUGUCUGGGUGUGCUGCAGACAGUCUCGGUGCAGCAUAAUGCUGUAUAUGCACAAAUGUCUGUCGCGCAACUUCGGGCGGUCGUACGUGUCAAACUUUCACAACGUAAAACAUGUUCAACACCGUAUACGUUACAUACGCCCGUCACACAAUUAUGUAUCCCGUGUAUCACAGCAGAAGUGAACCCAUCGACCUCCCGCGCAGUGUUACAGGCACGUGUGCGCUGCAGUAAGGUGAUGUGUGCAGCACACGGUACACUCCGCAGCUUGCAAGGUGCCCCUCACAAGUAAAAUGGUUAAUGUUAAGCAAGAAGCACACGAGGGUGGGGGAUAUGAACGGGUUCUCUCAGUAUUCUUGGUGGGUUGGUGAAGAUGGAGGGUAAGAGCUACCUGACUACGAGAGGGGGACUGGCCAACCAGCCUCCUCCGAGGGUCCCCCACUGCGGGGUAUUUGUAUUACCUGUUUCCUAGAGGACUUGUGUUUGGAAGUAAGAUCCCUCUGACUGUCUGAAAUGCUCGUCUCAUCUAUAUCGUUCCUUUGACUGGUUCAUCUGUAACACGUCAUAAUUAAUUUGUAAGUCUCUUUAAUAUACAGGUUUGUGUUUGUGAAUGAUCACCUUAUACAGUUCGUUGAUACAUGAAAAAUAUUUAUACAUGGUUUAUACAUGGUUAUAGAGACGAAUACAUAUAUUUAUCACUGGUAUUAAUGCCAGUUCGCAGAGGAUGUGAGGUUUUACAUAGUCUUAUGAUGUAUCUCUGUGUGAGUGUGAAUUAUUGUAUGCAAGAUUUGUCGAGUUAAUUUAAGCAGUGGCUUCAUAAUGCUAUAUUUUGUAUAUUUAAAUCAUGAUACAUCAGCCGACAUUAUCAUCCCAAAGAACAUCACUAAUCUUCCUCUCAUUAGAGCGAGGCGUCGAGUGCCUUGAACCACAUCUUGUAAAAAUUAUCCAACAAUUUAACCCUUUAAGCAAUUUUACCCAGUACCCCCCCACUCGCGCGAUCACUACCCCCCCCCCUUGCAGUUCCCUCUAGGAGCAAUCACCACCAUCACUAGUUAACCCCCCCCCCCCUCCCCCCUGGUGCAACCACCACCACAGUCCUCCCAUACCUGGAACUAUCACCUCCACCAGUUCCCCUUUGCUCGCCCUCAAGCACACGAACAAUACGAUUACCUUAAAAUAACCAAAUGAGAAGCUUGUGUAUUGUAUAUCCGCGGAGGCUCAAGGCUCUCGACACUGUUCGUCACCAUCUACACCACCAUCACCACCACCAUACACCACUCACCAACACCACCAAAGGUUAAAUAUGGCCAAUGUGUGCGCUCGGUGACCUCACCACUGUUGUGGAGAGGUCCCGUCAUUUACUGUUUGAUUUCCCUGUUUAGUCUGAUAAAGGAAAUACCUCAUGUAUAUUGACAGGUUAAGACGGUCAUAUAAUCAAGUGUUAAUAUGUCCUUUGCUACGGUUACUAUGACGAUUUAUUCGAUUAUUAUUUUCUACAAAUCUGUUUCUGAUUUUUAUUCCUUUGCUGGAGUUGCCUAGUUGCUAAAAAAAAAGAUAAGACAAUGCGCACAUUAUGUCUCUGGUGAGGUUAUCCUGAGGGGUGCUCGUGGGACAACACGUGGGUCCCUCCGCCCGCCACGUCUUGCUCCACCAGUAGUCCUAAAUGGUGCCCCCUUGCGGGUAUCCACUUGGUCACCUUAAGGUUAGCCCCAGUGGGAACCCUUCGAACCCCCAGCACGGUACUCGAGAGGGGCACAUGUGCCCCCCCUACCUUCCCUCCCUGGUCACUAUACGCCUUCCCCUACUCUCCCCUACUGGCCGGUGCCUCUCUGGAGUCGGCCUUCGUGUUAGUUUGGGAUUCCGGAUGCCCCCGACGGCGACCCGACCUGGCCAUCUUGUUACCCUUAUCCCCUGUUACCUGACUGUGGGACCCAAACGCGGCAUCACCGACUAUUGAUCCUGUAACAUAACCACGACGUUUCUUUUGUACGUACAUAUAGAUCUGUACAUAGGACAAAAUAUGAAUGUUGUUAAUAGGACAGUUGAGAAAUAAAGAGAAUUUUAACAGA